UCCCUCCGCUCUCCCGCCGGCCCGCCCGUCAGUCAGGCAGGCAGUGGGUAAGAGUGGUAGUUGGCUUCUCGGUUCUCCUCAUCGUUGUCCUUUCUCCUUCUCGGUUAGCGGCGGCUGCUGCACGGGCUGCGGGGCAGCCCCUCCGGGAGGCGCGACAAAUUGCUGAGCGGGAGCCGCGGAGCGUCAGUCCAGCGCGGCAGCAGCGGCGGUCCGGCAGCCAACAUGGCGGCGGCGGCGGCGGGAGCGGGCCCGGAGAUGGUCCGCGGGCAGGUGUUCGACGUGGGGCCGCGCUACACCAACCUCUCCUACAUCGGCGAGGGAGCCUACGGCAUGGUGUGCUCUGCAUAUGAUAACAUCAACAAAGUUCGAGUAGCUAUCAAGAAAAUCAGUCCUUUCGAACACCAGACUUACUGCCAGAGAACCCUGAGGGAGAUAAAAAUCUUACUGCGCUUCAGACAUGAGAAUAUCAUUGGCAUCAACGAUAUUAUUCGUGCACCAACCAUUGAGCAAAUGAAAGAUGUAUAUAUAGUGCAAGACCUAAUGGAAACAGAUCUUUACAAGCUCUUGAAGACACAACACCUCAGCAACGACCACAUCUGCUAUUUUCUUUACCAGAUCCUCAGAGGGUUAAAAUAUAUCCACUCAGCUAAUGUUCUGCACCGUGACCUCAAGCCUUCCAACCUGCUGCUCAACACCACCUGUGAUCUCAAGAUCUGUGACUUUGGCUUGGCCCGUGUUGCAGAUCCAGAUCAUGAUCACACAGGGUUCCUGACAGAGUAUGUGGCCACACGUUGGUACAGAGCUCCAGAAAUAAUGUUGAAUUCCAAGGGCUAUACCAAGUCCAUUGAUAUUUGGUCAGUGGGCUGUAUUCUGGCAGAGAUGCUGUCCAACAGGCCUAUCUUUCCAGGAAAGCAUUAUCUCGACCAGCUGAACCACAUUCUAGGCAUUCUUGGAUCCCCGUCACAAGAAGACCUGAAUUGUAUAAUAAAUUUAAAAGCUAGAAACUAUUUGCUUUCUCUUCCACACAAAAAUAAGGUGCCAUGGAACAGGCUGUUCCCAAAUGCUGACUCAAAAGCUCUGGACUUACUGGACAAAAUGUUGACAUUCAACCCUCACAGGAGGAUUGAGGUUGAACAAGCUCUGGCCCACCCAUAUCUGGAGCAGUAUUAUGACCCAAGUGAUGAGCCCAUUGCUGAAGCACCAUUCAAGUUUGACAUGGAAUUGGAUGACUUGCCUAAGGAAAAGCUCAAAGAACUCAUUUUUGAAGAGACUGCUAGAUUCCAGCCAGGAUACAGAUCUUAAAUUUGUCAGGACAUGGGCUCAGAGGACUGGACGUGCUCAGACAUCGAUGUUCUUCUUCCCAGUUCUUGACCCCUGCUCCUGUCUCCAGCCUGUGUUGGCUUAUCCACUUUGACUCCUUUGAGCCGUUCGGAGGGGCGGUUUCUGGUAGUUGUGGCUUUUAUGCUUUCAGAGAAUUCCUUCAGUCCAGAGACUUCCUCCUGGCACCCCUGUGUGUGUCACCUACUGGUGACCUGCGGCAGUAUGUACUUUCAGUGCACCUACUGCUUACUGUUGCUUUAGUCACUUACCACUUUCUGGUUUGAAAGAUGCAGUGGUUCCUCCCUCUCCUGAAUCCUAUGUGAUGCCCUGCUAACCCAGGCAGCCUCAGCAGAGCAAGAGUCUUUCCAGACUGGCUGCAAUCACUGACAUCUUACUUUAUGAUAGGAAAGUCCUACCUAGGGCACUUUAAGUCAAUGACAGCCCUGAAUUUGCACUUCCUCUGUUGCCUGUAACUGUCUCCCCAGAGCAGGAGCUUGUGGAGAUAUUUUGGAUGACGUUGCAGUCUGCAACAAGUGUUUCCGCCUUGGGAACCUUUGGAAGCACUCAUGUCUUUUCUCAUAUCAUGCUAGCCACUAACAUAUUUAAGGUAUGUACUGUUUGCCCAGAUCUUAUAAAAGUCAAUCGUUUUUCUAAACAAAAAAAGACGUACUGCACUCAGAAAUGUCAUUCUGCAGAUUUACUGUGGUUACUUUUAUCAUUUAUUUAUAAAAGUACACUUGCCAAAAUACAUUACAUAUAGUACUUAGUGUUUGCAAGACCUGCACAAAAAGAGAUAGAGUGGCAGUUGUGCUCAGCAUUUGGUGACAGAUUCACUAAGGUUAAAGCACUGAGCUGGGAAAAGUUGCUAGAGAAGGAAUGAGCACACUGACCCAGAAGUCCCAGGUGGAAUGCCACAUGCCUGGUGCACGUAUGCCCUGAGCUGCUUCACAUGGUGUUUUUAUUUUAGUAACCACGUUCAAUGCCUGAGAAUUUAGCAGAGAGGAACACUGCGUCUUUAAAUGAGAAAGUAUACAAUCCUUUUUUUUUUCCUUUUACAGCAUGUCAGCAUCUCAAGUUAAUUUUUCAACCUACGAUAUAACAAUUUAUAAUACAGCCUUCAUGAGCUCAUGACAUGAAGCACUGUUCUAUUGUUAAGUACUCAGAUAUUUCUGAACUGCUGAGUUAAGAUAAGAACAUCAGAAAAAGCUAGCACUAAGUCAUGUUCAGAGCUCUCCAUAUUUUCCUGAUCUCUUUAAGUACUUGUUCCUGCCACUGUGUACUGUGGAGUUGACUCGGUGUUCUGUCCCAGUGCGGUGCCUCCUGACUUCCCCCACUGCUCUCUGUGGUGAGAAAUUUGCCUUGUUCAAUAAUUACUGUACCCUCGCAUGACUGUUACAGCUUUCUGUGCAGAGAUGACUGUCCAAGUGCCACAUGCCUAUGAUUGAAACGAAAAAUCUGUUGUUACCUCUGAGUUGUGUUCCACGGAAAAUGCUAUCCAGCAGAUCAUUUAGGGGAAAAAGAAAAUCAAUUUUUAGCUUUUCAUUUCUCAGCUGUCCUUUUACUUGUUUGUUUUUUGACAGCAAUGGAGAAUGGGUUAUAUAAGACUGCCUGCUAAUAUGAACAGCACUGCACUUGUAAUUCAUGAAAAUAAAUGUACAUCUUUAUCUUCACAUUCAUGUUAAGAUUCAGUGUUGAUUUCCUCUGGAUCACCGUGUCUGAGUAGACAGUCAGAUUCAGUUUGUACUUCAGUCAGAAAUGCUAAUGGGCCUCUGUUCACAUCCCAGGCACUGCCCCACACUUCAGUUUAAUGGCCUAAAAAGGUUCUUUUUCUCCUCUGCACAGCAGGUAAUUUUGGCAUGGUCCUUUGUUCAAAUAGUCUGUUAAACCCUGAUGACAAAACCCAAACAUCUCAGGUUGGAAUCUCUGGUUCCCUCUAAGGAGGACCUGGCUGUGUACCCCACAGCUGCUGCUGGGCACAGCCAAGUGCUGGGAGGGACUGCCCAGCAUCACAUGGCACAUGCCACCCAGCCCAGGGUGCUGAUGCUGUCGUCUCCCGUGGCUAAAGAAGGAUACUGACUCAUCCUCAGAAAUCAGAAUCAAAUCUUAAUUCUUGCCCUAAAAUACGUGGUUAUCAUUUCUGCACUCAGAGCUGCCAUGUGAAGGUCCACCCAGCAUUGACAGGAUAUAGAGAUUGACUGUUAUUUGAUACAUUGACUAAUAAGUUUUUGUUUUAAAAAGAGCAUUGACAGUUUUAUUAUUAUUUCUUUGUAUUUUUUUAAAUGGAAUGUUAAUAUUACUAUGAGGUUAAUUUGCAGUCCUCUUCUAAAUAGAAAACCAUAGUUACUAAUAUCUGGGGGCUACAAGCUCUUUGCCAUCCCCUUUGUUGGCACUGUACAGUCAGAGUGGCAUGAAACCACUCACUGCAUUCUAUAAUCACUCUAGCCACAUGCUGUCAUUAAUAUCAUGUCACAUAAUUUAACGGGUCAGAAAAUUGUUUUAACCAACAUAUCUGUGAAAACUAGUUAAUAUGUGUAAUAGACUCAUUAUAUGUUGCCUCUUACAUUUCUAGAUAUACAGAUCAGGCAUAUCAAUUCAUGUUGAUGAUACCAACACCUCCAUUAUUAAUAUUCUCUGAUGAGUUUUCAGACAGAUGGCUUUUUUUGGUGUCUAAAAUACAAGCAAAAAAUUCCUAUUGAAACAUUCCAGUCCUUUCAUUGGUUUGAAACUGAUACCCAGCAAGCCAGUGACAUAGAUGCAGGCAGAUACAUUGUGAGGACUCUGCCUUGUUGCAGGUCUUCAAAGGUCGUCUGACCUUUGCAAGGUCGUCUGACUGCGACACACAGACCACUGUGGUGUCUGGGUAGAAGAACAUCGCGUUCUGCACGCAGUGCACUGUGCAUGGUGUGUUCAUGCUCAUCUCACAUGCAUUCCUGCUGCUCUUGGGUGCAGGCAGUGGGUGUGAUAGCCAUCAGUUUCGGGGAGCUACAUGUAGAGCUGUCCUUGAGAAGGAGUUACAAAGGUGGUCUACCCACACCGCAUGCCACACAAUUUUCAAAUCAUUCAGAGGAGACUGUUUUAUCUUUAUUUGCUUAUGUUAAUACAGUUUUUAAAUUGGUAACUUUUAUAUAGUAUAGUAACAGUAUGUCAGUACACAAAUACAUGCACACAUGCUUUGGGUCCUUCCAUAAUACUUUUAUAUUUGUAAAUCAUGUUUUGGAGCAAUCCCAAGUUUGAGGGAAAUAUUUUUGUAAAUGUAGUGGUUUUGAAAAUCUGAGCAAUCCUUUUGCUUGUACAUUUUAAAGCACUUGCGCUUUAAAAUUGUGCUGGUGUUCUGAAACCUGAUAUUCCUGUAGCACAGGUGAGCAGCAUGUAAAAGUGGAGUAUGGUGUGGCUUCUCUCCUUGUCCAACUCGACAGGCUAGAACAGCAGCAACCAACUGGGAAUUCAAAAUGAAGUGGCUAGGGCUGCACCAGGUUCGCCUAAAGCGUGUUGCCUUUUUUGUGCCGUUUAUCCGUGUAGAGCACUCCAGAAAGUUCUGAAACUGCUUUGUAUCUGCUUUGUACUGUUGGUGCCUUCUUGGUAUUGUGUACCCCAAAACUCUGCAUAGAUUAUUUAGUAUAAUGGUAAGUUUUAAAAAAUGUUAAAGGAAGAUUUUAUUAAGAAUCUGAAUGUUUAUUCAUUAUAUUGUUACACUUUAACAUUUAUUUGUGGUAUUUGUGAUUUGGUUAAUCUGUAUAAAAAUUGUAAGUAGAAAGGUUUAUAUUUCAUCUUAAUUCUUUUGAUGUUGUAAACGUACUUUUUAAAAGAUGGAUUAUUUGAAUGUUUAUGGCACCUGACUUGUAAAAAAAAAAAAAAA